AUGUCCGCUGAUGCUUGGGCCGCCAGGCACCUGGCAGCCGUUGCCGCCAUCAGCGGAGCUGGCGCGGCGGCGGCGUUCUUGCUGGGACGCUGGUCGGCGCAGGUUGAAGCGGCAGCCAAGGAGGCGGCCCAGUCAAAGCUGGUCGACGAGCCGCUCAGCCCUUCUAGCUCAAGAGUAGGGAUGGCAGCUCAGCCCGGAUUUUGCAGCAAAUAUCCGCACGUGGAGCCUCGUCGCCUCAAUACGAGAGUCGAAGCUUUACUCGACCUACCGGCAGAGCCGCGACAGGCUCAGUUGAACCACUUCAAAGCACAGUGGUCCGCCGAAGCCGGGUGCUUCCAAUGCGUUCAGACCCACAUCGCCCGCACCCCCAAUGCGGACCUAAACGAGUUGCAGGGCUUUGCUGAGAAGGCGUUCAGCGACGGGAAGAUUACCGAGGAGGCGUAUAGGCAGUUCUGCCAGCAGAUCCGGCCCACUGCAGGCCGCAAGCGAAAUCGAAGUGCCUCGCCUGCGAGACCUCAGUCAUCGGCAGCGACGGCGCAGGCGCAGCCGGUGAACGAGCCACAGCAGGAGAUUCCUCCAGUGCACGAGGAGCUUGACGAAGACUUCGGCUUUGAAGUCGGCGAAGAAGUCGAAAUCACUGGUCUUGCAAACUCUCCACACUUCAACGGCCUCGUUGCAGAACUGGUGUCUCAGACUGGCGGCAAAUGGCAGGUCAAGCUCCUCAACUACCAGGAGCAGAACAAGAUGUUGCUAAUCAAGCCCGCCAACCUCUGCUUCCGGCAGGUCGAAGCGGCUCCAACGCCGGCAGCUCCUUUGCUCCGGAUGCCAGCGCCGCGGUGUGGAAACCCAUGGUGUGUGCCGCCUUCGAGUCGCAGGGACAAGAGAUGCGAGAUGCUGGAGCAGUACAGAGCCGAAAUGGAAGAAGGAUUUACCAAGGAAGUAAAGAAACGCCUUUUCGACAAGUGGUAUCCUGGCCAAUCGCACAGGUACAGGCACCUGUUUCACUCAUGGUUUCGAUCCAUGGAAGUUGAGGCUGAGUACAAGAAAGACGGCAAUGUCUUCUAUCACCCGGAUCUACUUAUAGGCGUAGGUUCGCACGCGAAAGUUUACCUUGGCAUCGUCCCCUCUGAUGGCCGAGAAGUGGCGAUCAAAGUCUACAGGGACAGGACGGGCUCGGAGCAUUUCAGCAAAGAGGUCAGAGCCAUGAAAGAGAACGCUGCCGUCUUUGGCAUCAUGCAGUACAUCACGUCCUUCGAGCAAAGCAACGUCUGGUAUGAGGAGCGCAGGUCCACGAAGCGCCGGCGAGAGGAGCGAGUCCAGGUGGUGAUUCUGGAGCUGAUGGAAGGGACACUUCAGGAGGCAAUGUCUACCUGGGAAGAUUUGAAUGAUGGGCGACACCUGGACGUGGUUUGCUCCAUUUCGAGCAGCCUCCUCGACAUCCUAAGCCGCUUAAACCCGGUGGGUGAUCAAGGGUAUGUGCAUCGAGAUAUCAAGCCGGACAACAUCAUGAUCGACUGCAAAGGCAAUAUACGGUUGUCCGAUUUCGGCAUUGCCCGGGCUCUGCACGAGGAUGAAGCACAGCUGUUCAGUCCAACAUGUGGCAGUUGCCCGCAGUUCACCCCACCGGAGGUGCUUUUCUAUUCGACUCUUCACAAGACCAGUGACCUGUAUUCUCUUGGCCGUGUGAUGAUUGCCAUGAUGCUGAAGGAUUCAAGUCUCUCCAGCAUGGGGGACAGGAAGCUUGACCUAGAGCAGGUGCCGGCGCAGUGGCCCGGAUACAAGAGGCACGCCUUCAUUCGACUCGUCGAAGCUCUGACGCACGGCGACAAACAGUGCCGGGCGUAUUCCGACAAGCUGCAGGAUGUAUCACGGCUCUACCAGGUGUUGCUGGCACAUCCUUUCUUCUGGCCAGACGAUCGCGCCAUGGAUUUCUUGACCAUGUUGGGGAAUUCUGCCAGUCAGAGCUGGGGACAAGGUUCAGAAGACAUCAGCGAGAAGUUGAAUCAUGCAGUACAUCAGGCUCUUCAAAUAGCACAGCAGUCCAACUCUAGCUGGUGGUAUGAGGAGGUUCGUGAUUUGGACCGCGAGCAGCGCGUCACCUGGGAGAAAGACUGGAGAAGCGUGUGCUUGCUCAAGUUUAUACGCAACAUGUGUUUGCAUGAGCCGCACCUUAAAGGCAAGUUGCGAGAUCGCCUCCCCGCGCUGCCUGUUUACUGCUGGGAGGCUUUGCUGGACGACAUCUCCGAGCCAGGUUUCCAAUUCGGACAGUACUUCACCUAG